UCGACCAAUCACCGGCCAGCUGUGGUCGCCCGUCGAUGACGCAACUCAAGCAUGCCGGCGAGUAGAGGAUGUUGAGGCUCAUCUCCAGAGUCUUUGCGUCUGCACCCAUUGAAGGAAAGAGCUUCUGCUCUGCGGCCUCACUGCCAGACUCACUUUGUUCUGGCUUUGCUGUUAAAAACAUCAUGGAGCCUAAACUGUACCGGCCCCCUCCAGAGGUCCGGGGUAUGACCUCUCUGGACAAAGAGGCCUUCACACAGACUAUUACUGUCCCCGCUCUACGGGUGCCCACUGGGGUCUUGAACAAGGUGGUAAAGAGCCUGAGAAAGGCGACCAUCCACCGCCCAGGGGUUCCCAGGGUGGUGCAGGAUAAAGAGGAGAGUAGUGACUUUCGUUUAGUCCUGUUGGACCCCCACAGAGUGUCCUCUCCAAGCUCCUUCACUGAAGCCGAAGCUGAGGCUCUGAGGUCAUUCAGUGUCCCUGAAGAGCUGCAGCACUUCGAGCUGCGACUCACCUAUCACAACCUGAAGAGUGAAGAAGUGCUGGAGGCCGUGCUCCCUCAGGGUCAGGACGUGGCCUCUGGCUUCAGCCGGGUGGGACACAUCGCACACAUGAACCUGAGGGACCACCAGCUGCCAUACAAGAACCUCAUAGGUCAAGUCAUCAUGGACAAAAACCCCGGUGUCACCUGUGUGGUCAAUAAGACAAACAUGAUUGAUUCCACCUACCGCAACUUCAAGAUGGAGGUGCUAGCUGGAGAGGAGAACAUGGUCGCCAAAGUGAAAGAAAACGGGGUGACGUACGAGUUUGAUUUUUCUCGUGUAUACUGGAAUCCCCGGCUGAGCACAGAGCACCAGCGUGUGGUGCAGCUCGUGAAGCGCGGCGACACUGUGUUUGACGUGUUUGCUGGUGUUGGACCUUUCGCCGUCCCGGCUGCCCGCUUGGGUGCAAACGUCCUGGCCAACGAUCUCAACCCAGAGUCCCACCGAUGGCUGCAGCACAACUGCAAACUCAACAAGGUGGAGAAGAAAGUCAGAACCUUUAACCUCGACGGCAGAGCGUUCAUCCAGGGGCCUCUGAAACAGGAGCUGCCCGCGCUGCUGAAGGGAAAAGCCAGCGUUCAUGUAGUGAUGAACCUGCCCGGCUUGGCUCUGGACUUCCUGGAUGCAUUCAGAGGCCUAUUGCACCAGGAGCCUUCCUGUGAUGAGAACCUACCCACAGUGCACUGCUACGGCUUCUCUAAAGAUGACAACCCUGAGGCAGAUGUGGCGGAGCGGGCUUCCCAAAGCCUCGGGUUUCCCCUGAAGGACCGAUGUUCUGUGCAUUUUGUGCGUAAUGUAGCGCCCAACAAAGAUAUGCUGUGUGUGAGUUUCACACUCCCGAAAGAGGUCCUCUUCAGCGGUGAUCCUGAACAGACAGAGGCUUCAGCAGAACCAGCUCCAAAGAGACAGAAGUGUGAAGAAGCUACAGAUUCAACUUAAUUAAUGACCCACCAUUAUAAAGAAUACAAGGAAACAUUUGAGUUUUCUUUUUCACAUUUUUAUAAUUGAUGCCAUUGCAUCCCGUCAUAAACCAUGACCCAGCAUUAGUUGAAUACAUGAAUGUAUUUGUUCAUACUAAAAUGUAUUAGAACUACUAUUGUUCAGAGCUUGGUCAUACGUCUUAAGUUGUUUCACUUUUAAAUAAAUAAAA